AUGAUCGCCCUAUUUGUUUCCUGUUUUCUGCUGUCUUAUUGCACGUGUGUUCAUGCGCACGGUCGUCUGGUGGAGCCACCGGGAAGAGCGACCGCGUGGCGGUACGGAUUCAAGACUCCAAUCAACUACAACGACAACGCGCUCUACUGCGGAGGAUUUGGGACUCAUGUCUCAGAAAGAACCACAGUGAGCACGAGCGGGGGUAAAACGCCACGGGAGUCAUCGUUAGAUGAGUACACCCAAGGGCAGACAAUAACCGUCACAGUGCAGAUAACCGCCAAUCACUUCGGCUACUUCGAGUUUCGGCUGUGUCCGGUUAACAACGUGAAAGUCCAGGCGACGCAUGCGUGUCUAGACCAGAACGUGCUCAAGCAGCCGGAUGGUUCCAUCCGGAAGUACAUUGGAAGCACGAGAGGGAUGAUCGACGUCACUCUCCGACUUCCGCCACACGUGACCUGUUCGCAGUGUCUCAUCCAGUGGAGAUAUCACACAGAAAUAGUUGGGGUAAGGAUGAAAAGACCGGCAAACAGUGUCUCGGUUGUGGGCCCCGUACCAGGAAGAGUUUGUACCGGCUGUGCAGACAUCUGCCAUCGAAAGACAUCGGCCAUCAAAAUCGGGAAUAUAAAUCCGGACACCUCGACCAUCGACGAAAAAACCAAAGCGACGAAAGCACCGACGACGAAAACACCGACGACGAAGGAAACCAACCACUGGCUAUGCCUCAGACCCAGACCGACAAGACACGACACCGAAACCUGUUACGCCGAAACCAGCCGAAACAGCCACAGAAAGCCAGUCGAGAAAAACCCUCGAUCUGCGGGCAUUUGUCGGUUCAACAAGGGACAUAACUCGUCCCGAUUACUGGCAAAAAUCGUUAUCAGUCCUGGAAAAAAAUGGCAAAUAACGUGUGCUUUCAUGUUGCGCCCAUUGUGGGAGACGAUUUAA